CUUUCUCUCUUCCUUCUCUUUUUGCCCUCUGCUCUCUCUCACUCACUCACUCACUCACUCACUCUCUCUCUCUCUCUCUCUUCCUUCUCUCUCUCUGUCUCUCUUUCUGUCAGUGUGUGUCGUUUCCUCUUCGGUGUUGGAGCGGGCGCAGUUCGCCGGGUCUCUGUCCAAACGCACCGGGAUGAUUUUCUAACAUGACUCCACUUCACGUCUCCAAACAUGCAGACUGGAUGGUGGGAGCUUGAAACUUUCUCUGCACGUUUGUAAGAUGGAGAGAGAGGGAUCGUUCAGGAGGAUUUCGAGGAGUCUUCACAGUAAACUGCGUCUGGGCAGUGGAUCUUCCUCCAGCCUCACAGACCUGUCCCAGUCCAAAAGCUCCGGCUCUGGGGACAAGAGCGGGACUCUGGGGGGUCCCUCCGACGAGUCCAGAGACAAAGGAACACAGCAGAGGAGAGCAGGGGCCAACGCUACAUGGAACAGUAUCCACAACGCAGUGAUCGCGGUGUUCCAGAAGAAGGACAUGGGAGAGAAUGAACUGUACACUCUGAACGAAGGCGUCAGGCAGCUGCUGAAGACUGAGCUGGGCUCCUUCUUCACUGAGUAUCUCCAGAACCAGCUGCUCACCAAAGGCAUGGUCAUCCUCAGGGACAAGAUACGAUUCUAUGAAGGUCAGAAACUGUUGGACUCUUUGGCCGACACCUGGGACUUCUUCUUCUGUGACGUUCUGUCCAUGCUGCUGGCCAUUUUCUACCCUGUUCAGGGUAAAGAGCCGUCAGUUCGUCAGCUGGCUCUGCUUCACUUCAGAAACAUCAUCACUCUGAACCUGAAACUGGAGGAAGCUUUGUCCAAACCACGAGCCCGAGUCCCGCCCUCCAUCAUCCAGAUGCUGCUCAUACUACAGGGGGUCCAUGAGUCCAAAGGUGUGACGGACGAAUACCUGCGUCUGGAGGGGCUCAUACAGAAGGUGGUGUCUCCGUACCUGGGCACUCACGGCCUGUUCUCCAGAGACGGACUGUCCGGCUCUCAGUGCUCCUCCUGUCUCUUAGAAAAGCGGAUCCAGCCGUCCUGGUCCAAACCCGCUAACUCUCCCGCGGCUAAAAACCCGGUGGUCCGCUCCAAAAGCUACAACGUCCCGAUGCUGACGCCGCUGGUGGAGUACGACUCGGACCAGAGCGGGGCGGUGGGCGUGGGCGUCCGGAGGCACUCUGUCUCUGAGAUGCCCCUGUGCGUGGAGGAGAGCGAGUCUGGGGCAAACGCUAACAACAACACCACCAACAGUCUGACCAACUCACCCAGACGAACCCGCCAAUCACAGGGCUCCACUGAGUCCUCUAUUACAGACAGCACACACUCAGACAACUCACCUCUAGACCAGACAUCCAGACCUGAGUCGAGUGGAGCAGCAGAGCCUUCGCCCAGCCUCCUCCCCUCACCUUCCCCGGUGGAGGACGCUCACGGGGCGGACUCUCUCCCCUCCUCCUCCCCCUCCCCCUCCAGAGCCAUGGUCCAGGACACGAGCUCCGGUCCCAGUCCCACCUCCAGCCCGGAAAUGGUGAUGGAAAACAUGUUGGAAAGUCUGGACUCCGAGACUGAAGCAGACGGGAUUUUUCUGAACUUCAGGAGAUACUCUGGAAGUCCGACUCACAGCACCGGGAGCAACCGGCAAAGUGUGGCAUGAUGCAGAAAAGACAGAAAGAAAAGAAAUGCACAAAUGAAAUGCACUUUUACUUAAGGUCACAUAUUAUGCUUCACUCCAGCCAUUCGAAUUUGUAUUUUUUCCUCAUAAGCAGCCAUAUUUCUUUGGAUAUGAACGGACCAUGAGUUUCUGAUUGGCUAAUCCACCUGUCAAUCACACCCAUCUGAAUUCAGACCAGACCAAACUUGCAUCUUUGGAAAGUGCUGAGUGUGCAAUGGAAACACAGCUGCCAUAUUAACAUAACAUAUUACCAUGGCUGCUUUUUUUGUGCCACCACCAAAAGAGCUCAACAGCUGCCACCCACACUCUGGUUCUACAAAUAAAUUUAACAUUAAUUUUUCCAGUAGACUUCUUGAGAAAAUCUGUUUCUUAAAGUUCGCAAGACUUCUCAUUGCUAAUCAGCUCUGUGGUCACCAGUGGUGUAGUGGGGGAUUUUUUAAAGUGAGGGUAUGUGAUUUGUGACGUCCACCGCCCACCUACAUACUAAAAAAAAAAGAGAAAACUUUCAGUACAAACAUAAAGGUGCCAGCCCAGUAAAAAUCUGUAAUUUUUGACAUUUUGUUGCUCAAAAUGAUGCAGAAUCAGGCUACAACACAUGAACCAGGCCUAAACCAGGAUUAAACCAGGAAUAAAACAGGUCUAAACUAGGACCUAACCAGAAAUGAACCAGGACUAAACCAGGUCUAAACCAGGUCUAAACCAGGACUAAAACAGAACUAAACCAGGUCUAAAACAAAACUAAACCAUUAUUAAAACAGGACUAAACUAGGACCUAACAAGAACUGAACCAGGACUAAACCAGGACUAAAACAGAACUAAACCAGGUCUAAAACAAAACAAAACCAGGAUUAAAACAGGACUAAACCAGGUCUAAACUAGGACUAAACAAGAACUGAACCAGGGCUGAACUAGGACUAAACCAGGAUUACACCAGGACUAAACCAGGUCUAAACCAGAACUAAGGUCUAAACCAGGACAAAACCAGGUCUAAACCAGGUCUAAACCAGGUCUAAACCAGGACUAAACCAGGACUAAACCCGGACUAAGGUCUAAACCAGGACUAAACCAGGUCUAAACCAGGACUAAACCAGGUCUAAACCAGGACUAAACAGGACUAAACCAGGACUAAUCUUGGGCUUGAGAGUGAGAGAAAGUGCGACAGGGCCACGGCUGUGCUUAGCCCCGUGAAGCUCUGCACCGGUCCUUUCUCCUGCGGUCACCCGACGGUCUACACGGGCACAUGUCUGGGCUCGUCCCGACACUCAGUCCUGGUUCAGUUCUGGUUUAGUCCUGGUUCAGUCCUGGUCCCUCAUGCCUCAGGUCACUACAGGACUGUCCUGCAGACAUCAUGAGCCUGUGCAGUUUGUUUUCACUGUUGCCAAUAGCUCCAGUUUGACAUUUAAGUUGUAGCUAUUUUAUAUUUUGUUAUUUUUUUAUAUCUCACAUCGUGUACCCCCACGUACCACGCACACUACACCCCUGGCGGUAACGAAUGACCACCAGACCUACAAUUUUUAUUUCAAAUCUGUUUCUGAAACUUUAUAAACUUAGAUUUCAUUAAAACGUUUAGCUGAGUCUUGAGUUUUAAAUGUGCUUUUUGGACUUAAAACAUCUGUGUUAUAUGUAUUAGUUUGCAUUUAGCCUUCGCGAUGCCUUUGAACUUUUAAUAUUUCUAUUUUUCGAAAAGUCUAUGAGAAAAGUGAAUAGGACAUUUAUUUGGGGAAACAGAGCGGAGUUUGAAGACGGUGGGACUGUUGAGCUCAGUAAGUGAUAGUGUCAAUUCCUGAUAUGUUUUGAGUAAAUAUGAAAGCACAGACUCACACACAAACACACACUGACACACACACACUCACACACAAACACACACAAACACACACAAACACAAAAGUUAAUUGAGCAUAAUAUGUGACCUUCAUUGCACAAACUACUUUGAGCCAAGACUGACAUUCCAGACACUCCGGUCUGAAUGGACUUUGUUUGUAGAGAAUAUAAUAUUUUGUUCUAAUCAACACAGACAAUCAAACCUAAUCAGAAGUUUUAACUUUUGCCUCAUAUUUCAGACAAAUUUCUAUUUUGUAUCACUAUUCUGUACGUGAUUGAAUG